AUGACACUCCUUGACCUCCCCGGAGACGUUCUAUCCAUCAUCCUCUCCUUCCUUCAGCCCAAAGACUACCUUACCUUCUGCCGAGUUUCGAAACCAGUCUACCUAGAAUACCGACAGGAUUCUCUGUAUUGGCGAACCGAGGCCUCCAACACCUUCCGACUCCCCAUCAGUCCGCUACUCGCCGCGGACGGCCCUCGUUGGUACUGGCUCUACAAACGACUGAAGACCCAAACACGACUUUUCACUUGGGGACAGGGAAUGGGAGGAAACCUGGGGCCAGGGAGGUCUCGAUCUGUUCCUCGACGACCUCAGCCGCAUAUUUCCCCAAGAGUGCUCCCUCGCGUACCGGCCCGACUCCCACGUCGUGAAAUUUUUCAACGAUCCUCCUCCCACUGGCCAACAGAUGUCCACGUCCCAGAUGAAGUAGGAGCCAUCGCUGACCUUCAAUGUGGAGGUUGGUCAACCACAAUUUUGUCCUCCGAUGGGAAACUCUACACCGUUGGAUCAAUUGACUCUUUGAAUGGCGUCAUUCGUGGCCAGCCUUCUGAUCAUUUCACCUUGCUCGAAUACCUCACCGAAAGCACGUCUGCUAUUCGGCAGUUCUCGUCUGGGCGGCGGCACAUCUUAGCGCUCACGGACGAUGGAGAAAUCCUUUCGUGGGACAGAAUUAAUGCGAAGGGUUUGAAAGUUUUCUCCAGAAAUGGAAGGACUUUUGGAGGGAGGCCGUCCAGCGUUGCCGCUGGCUGGGGAGAAAGUUCUGCUUACGUUCCAGAGAUAGGGAUUGUCUAUUGGAAUCCCAUUGAAAACUCGCAAAACGAUGAUAUGCUAGAUGGAGUGCACGUCAAGGAAAAGAUCGUCCCGGGCACGGCAAGACGCAAAACAGAAAAUGGCCACGUCAAAGUCCUUAAGCACGUCGUUCUGGAAGGUUUCAUCGUAUGGAUCACGAAUGAGUCCAAAAUAUAUGCCUGCUAUCUCAGUGGCGGGGAUCCCGAGCAACUAGAGCCGGCCAAACCUCCUUUUGAGAUUCCAGGAUUCAGUGCGCCAGAUCGCGAACUGAAAGAUAUUCAAGGCCAGUUUCAAAGGUUUGGAGUCUUCACGGCAGGAGGCGAAGUUCUUUCUGGUGAUAUUGCCUACGUCAGGCGAUGCGCCGAAGCCGCUCAGAACCAAUCCGAGCUUGUCGAGUCCGGGGACUGGUCCACGAUGACUAGUUUAUUAACUUCUCGUCCCCUAGACGUUCCCGCCCUGCAACAUACCAACGUCAUUGCCCUAGCCUAUGGCGACUACCACUACCAUGCGCUUCACGCCGACGGCAAAAUCACCUCGUACGGUAGUGAACCCCAGGGCUGCGGCUCAUUGGGUCUAUGCAGUCCGGAGACAGGAGGACGAUUCCGUGCUGUCCGUCGAACCCGGCCGGGCAUUCGAAGUGAUGCGGAACUACUCCCUAUUGCUAAUCUACGAGGCCGUCAAAUGUGGUUCGAGCCGGAGCGGAAAGAUUGGCUCGCUUGGAUGGAGGGCCAACUUCACGAGCCACAUCUCAUCACGAAUGGACGACCCGGCCACACUGUUUGGGACGAUGAUCCAAUGAAGCAAGCUCUCUUCAGCGAAUGGGUGGAGCAAGAGGGCAAGCAUUGGGAUGAGGGACCUGUUAUCACCUCCGCGACCACCACGCCGUCCAUUGAACUAUCGAAAAAGGGAAACCCUGAAGAUUACGUCAACCUGGGCGCCUACUUCCCCAUCGCCAUUGCUGCGGCAGGCUGGCACUCCGGGGCGCUGGUCCUCGUGGACGAAGACAAAGCGUACGAAGUCCGAAGCAAAUGGGUCAGAAAGAAGGCAGAAGGAGAACCACCCACGAAGGGAGGCUCGCCGUUUGAUUCUCUUGAUCGAGAUGAAGUGUACGUGUGGAGGAAAGAUGGCUUUCCCAAGGUCGAGUUGCCAAAUGGUUUCGAGAUGCCUGGAGAGGGUGAGCCGAGGGCCUGGAGGGACGGUAUGCCGACCAUGGGGGAGCUAGGGUUUGGAGGAUAG